CAAAUGCGCUGGAAGCUGGAACGCACGCAUGCGCGAUGUCUCUUUGUGACGUAGAGCAUGAUCCGUAUGCUGCAGUUUGUAUGCGUUUUAACUUUCAAGUUUAAAACGCAUUUUGUGAUUUUAUUACGCAGUCACUGAUGGUACAUUGGAACACAUUAUUUUUUUGCAGUGCGGCUUGAAUCCUUAGGUACUAAUGUUGUCUUAUGAAUACUGACUUUUACUUUUUUUUGUAGUAAUUCAAAGACCGCUGAUUUUAGUGCGUAUUGUGUAGAAGGACUAACAAAAGUGUAAAAAUGGCAACGGCGCAGCUUGCAGCUGGCAUGUCUGACGAGGAACUUCGCGAUCAGCUGAAGCAAUUUGGCCAAGAUGUGCCCCCGAUUACGGACGGUACGCGAUCAACACUGAAAAAACGUCUGGCAAAAUUGAUGGGAGCUUCUGGCUCUGCGGGAAAGCGCGGCAGUCCGCUCCGGUCUAGCAGUCCGUUGCGCAGUCGCCAGACUGUCGGGUCUUCCACUAUCGCAGGCCCCGCAGUCGCUCGCACACCGCUAUCAUCCCCCAGUGCUCCAGCUGCCCGCCCUUUGCAUCAUUCAUCUUCUCCAAAGAAAGCAGGACGGUCCGGCGCGGCAUUCAGUUCUGACGAAGAAGAUGAUGUAGUGGUUGAGCGGGUCGUGCGCCCACAGACAAGCACUUCGGGUGGAACUUCGGUUCGUGGUAGUCUAAACGGACAGAGCUGGAGUAAUUCCAUCUCAGCCACUGACUCGUCGGGUGGUUCCACAUCGCCCAGCCGUUUCUCAUCCGGGUUUGGGCGUUGGUUUACGAUGCCGGGAAAAGGUCCAAAGACGAGCACACCAACGGAUAAGCGUAGCAUUCACAACCUGGAGGAUUCUUUUGGGGCUGUUACGCCGAUUCGGGAUGAUGGAGUGCGAAUGCGUCGUCCACUGGGGCGUCUUCCCCUGGAGGCCUUCGAGAGGGCAGAAGGGUCCAUCUCCGGAUCCCGUGACAGUCUCGACCACCGACGCGAUCCCAUUCAUUUGACGCCGAUGGCCAGCAAGGAGCAACGCUUUACGCACCACAGUCCACCUCGUCCGCGACCGUUGCAGUUUGUCGGACGCAGCCGAUUGGAAGACAACGUGUGGAUGUCACGGUCAAUUUCGCUGGUUAUUAUUCUCUUGACCCUCGCUUUCUUCGUCGUUGUUGCGGUGCUGUAUGCUCGGAUGAAAUGGGGCUCUACUGAUCUCGACAGUCGCAUUGUGCGCUAUCAGUUGGAAGGACGAUCCGAAGCGGAUACUUUGUAUCAAAAGAGUGAUUACGACGCUGGCUUGAUUCCGGCACGCAUCGAUGGAAAACUUUAUAAUGGGCAAGAAAUACUGGCGGCUUUGAACAUUGCGUCUGCGUUACAGAAAGAGCUUGCCCAGAUUAAAGGAGAUGCAGUUUGCAAUGACAAUGAAAAAAUGGGAAUGGGAUCUCAGGAAGCAAAAGCUUUUAGUUUGAACCAUGUUCCAAACGUCCAGGCUGUCGAUUUUGGAAACGCCAUUGAUUUAAUCGUUGCUAAUCCACACUGGGGAAUAAAGGCAAUGGAUACUACUGGCAAUCCCGCGUUAGCUGUUCCUGAUGUCAAGUAUCUCGAAAGCGAAUACGCUGCUAAGGAUUUUUUUUGCCGCUUGAAGGAGGCUGUAGCAAGCGUGCUGUUCAGAGUCUUCUUGCUGGCCCUGGGUAUCGGCUUGGUUGUUGCACUUGGGAUACUGGCCAGAAACUAUUGGCAGCGGCGAGUUCGACAUCAGGAGUUCGUUUUCGAUAUGGUGAACAAAAUAGUCUGCCUGGUUCAGAAGAAUUAUGAGCAGUCUUUGAAGGACCCCCGUUCUAAACCCUACAUUGCCAUUUCUCAUAUUCGAGAGAUUCUGGUCCCACACGGCAGAGAUCGGGCUAAGCUCCUUACGGUUUUCGAUGAAGCGGUGAAGUAUAUCCACAACAACGAAUCGCGCCUUAAACAGGAAGUGCAGGCCAUUAAUGGGGAGGAAUUCGAUGUAUGGACUUGGCUGCAUGAUCAGAUGCCAAUCCCUCAACCCGAUUCAACUGAGCCUGAUGCUCCUAACAGCCGGACAAAUUCAGAUUCUGCGGGACUGAAUUUGUCCAACGUGAAGGCUCGUAUUUGGAGUGGCGGAGCAACUUUGAGUGUGCGUCAGCCGUUACCAGAGCAGCUGUUGGGUGCGACUUCAUGUUUGAAAGUUCGGGGAAUGUUUAACGGGAAAACGGAAAAUCAGGCUGACCGCUCGUGGGUACAUGAUAUUGAGGAUGCCGUGCUUGAGAAAUGCCAUGGUGUUGCCCGAGUGCUGGAUGUCCGCGUGGAACCGGCAUCGGAAGAGGGUGUUGUCUACGUAAAAUUAGGCAGCAACGAAGACGCCCGAAGCGCUUACAUGGCUUUGCAGCACCAGUAUUUUGAUGGAAAUCUGGUUUCCGUUAAAUUUCUCAAACUGGAGCGCUAUCAUCAGCGUUUUCCGGAUGCCAUUCAUAAACAUUCGCCCUUGCAAGUGCGCACGAAAUAGCAAGCAUAAAAUUUCCGGAUCGGAUUAAAGCUUUUCCGGAUUAACGCCCUUAGCCAUCAGUUUGCCGUAUGAUUGCAUAGGUUUUGUAGUUUUUAGGCUUUUUUGCUAUGUUGGGUUUACUGCGUCUCCAGUAUUUAUCCCGAAUUUUCUGUUCAUGGUCGACGUUUUUUUUCCUGUGUAAUUAUGCAUUUUAAACAGUUGUAAAGCGUGAACCGAUUUUUCAUGUUUAUGCUCUCGAAAAGCUUGUUAAGUGUUCAAAAUCUUAUGAUAAACAUGUGUCACAUUAAAGCAGUAACAACCAACAAUAGAAGAAA